UACGGGCGUGUAAAACACAACAGUCUGUGUCUGGCCAGCACUCAGAGCUGCGAGGAGCGUUUGUGGAGCUGCACUAAAACAGCUUAUUUACGGUGGAUUUUAAGCGUUUUUCCCCCCCAAAGAGUUAUGGAUGCUAGAGGAGUUUGCUGGAUGUUUUGUCUUAUUUUGCUGGCACACUGUGCAGAGCAGCAAACAUCAACGAAGAAAAGAAAUGGCAAGAAAGACUCUACAAACAGUGCAGCAAUUGAGGAACUGAAACAACAGGUUAAUGACAUCAUUCAAGAGCUGAAUUUGUUAAAAGAGCAGCAAGCUUUGCAAACAGUUUGUCUGAGAGGAACCAAGAUCCUCGGCAAGUGUUUCCUGGCUGAUCCAGUGAAGAAGAACUUCCAUGCAGCCAGCGAUGACUGCAUCGCCGAGGGAGGCAGCCUGUGCACUCCUGUGACCGGAGACGAGAACGACCAGCUCUACAACUACGUCCGCCAGAGCAUCGGCCCGGAGGAGCACAUCUGGCUGGGUGUCAAUGACAUGGUGACCGAUGGCCAGUGGGUGGACCAAUCAGGGUCCAAUGUGCGCUUCAAGAACUGGGAGACAGAGAUCACCCUGCAGCCAGACGGGGGGCGUACCCAGAACUGUGCCAUCCUGUCCACCACAGCCAACGGGAAGUGGUUUGAUGAGAACUGCCGAGCUGAAAAGGCCUCCGUGUGUGAGUUCAAUAUCGUCUGAAGCCUCCUUUCUUUCUGACAUUUACACCUGUGCAGAUGAAGCUUGCAGAAACGAAUGACAGCUAUCAGGUAGAUUUUUGCAAUACAUUUACGAAAUAAUGUGCUGCAUCUCUCUUAAGCUCACAUUUUCUUGACCAAGCCAUUCAGAUGUCAAUCCAUAUCAGGGUGACUCCACACAGGUGGUCUAGGAUUUGUCGUUGUGUAGGUUGAAUUCACUGGGAGAUGCUGAUUCAAUAGACUCAUGUGCUCAAACUUUAUAGAUAACAGGCUUCGAGGUAAACACCACUCGAUGGCUUGUCUUUGUUAUGUGUAUUUUUAUAUCAUCUGCUAAUCAACACAAUAAAAAAAAGCUUUUUUUACUGUGCAGCAAUCAUGAAUGUCAAAUUAUGCUGUUUAUAUUCUAUAAUAUAUUACAUUAAUAAAUCUGUGUCUCCACA